UUAUUGAAAUUUCAUUUUUAGUUUUUAAGCUUAAACUUAAUUAAAUGAAAUUAGUUCAUAUUCAAGUUAACUCUGAUGUUAAUUUUCACAAAGAUAUGAUAAAAGAAAAAUUUAAAAAUUGGAGUACAACUCUGCAGCAACAUUAUCAGGAAAUUUAUAACUCUCAAAUAAAGCUACUACCAGAAAAGUUAAAUCAAUCUCAGCCAAUAUCAUCUGCAAUAUUAGUACCAUUGCUUUUUAAUCAAUAUAAUGAUUUAUAUGUUUUAGCUACAGUCAGACAUAACAGUUUAUCACUUUUUGAAGGUGAAGUAUGUAUGCCUGGAGGUAAAUGUGAGGAUAGUGAAACCCCUAAAGAAACUGCUUUGCGUGAAACUUUAGAAGAAAUAGGUUUGCAUCAAGAUAACAUUGAGAUAUUGUGCGAAGGACCUUCUAUUUUUUAUUAUCGAAAUGGAAAAGUUUAUGUUGUUUGUCCUGUCUAUGGUUUGAUAAAAAAAAGUUUUUAUGCUGCAUUAAGCAAAAAUGAAGUAAUUGAUAUAUUUACUGUAAAUUUUUCAAGAGUUUUAGAAGGUUAUGAAGGUUCAUUAGGUGUUCCAGGUUGUGGAAUUUUAACAAAUAAGACAUUUAGGAUUAUUGGUUUGUCUCACUUUGUUAUAGCAAUAGCUGCAUCAGCAUACUAUAGAAAAAUGCCGCACAAAAAAUGUUUUUCUUAUACAAAUAAAUCUAGAUUUUUUACAGAUUUCUUUGAAUAUUAUAUGAUUCAUAAGUUGUAGAUAUUUAUUUUGUAUUAAUGUUUUUUUUACAUGAAAUGCUGAUUAUACAAAUUGUAAUAAAAGUAAUUUUUAUUAGUUUUGUAAUUUUAGUUUUUAUAAAAGCAACUUUAUUAAUUUUAAAGAUAAUUUAAUUAAA